AUGCACUUCAUCAAGUCCCUCGUCUCCCUCGUCGCCCUCGCCAGCUUUUCUGCUGCGCAGUAUGCUGAGGAUGAGGAGUACGUCGGUCUCUCCCGCCGUGAGGUCUCCGAGAUCGCUCACGGUGAGUACCUCGCCGCCCGCGAUGAGUACAUCGAGAAGCGUGAGCUCUUCCGCCGCCUAGGUGGUAACGGCUCCUGCAUGGGCUCUGGCUUGCCUGGAGGCUCCAAGUUCUGCUACAAGAACGGAAAGCCCUGUGGUCCCUGCCGCAGUUCUGCCAAGGUUGGCGAGUACUGCCUCUGUAAUAAAUAA